AUGUUGCUGCACGAAUGGCAAACUCUGCACUUCGCCGUCAAAGCAGCAGACCCAGACAUUGAAUCGCAAAUCGAUUCGCAACGUUCAGCAUUAUUCCUACUCAAUGGAUCUCGUGCCAGAACGGCUGUGGACAAGGGUGUUGAUGCCUCGCAGGAUUGGUUGGGGGCUCUGAACGACAGUCUUGACACAUAUCACACUAUGGUGGACAACAAUCCAGUCAACAUAUACGCCGAGAGAGUCGCAAUGAAGCUGCCGAAAGAUAACGAGGCAAUCAGAGCGGGCAUCAUCGACGUAAAGUCCACCAUGACUUGGGAUACUAUACAGCAACUACACCCUUUCCUCAAGGAAUGUACUGAUUCGGUGCCCAAAGUCAAGCUGACUAGAAAUCCCUCGUCGAGUGUCCUCGCUGCCGGUCCCAGCGCUAACAAGAGCAGCACAUCGAAUAUUGAGAAAGCGCAGACUCUAGAAACCUCCGUACAGAAACAAGAACAAAAACAACAGCAGCAACAACAACAGAAACAACAGCAGGAUAGUAGGGAGCAACACCAGCAACAUCAGCAACAGCGCCAUAUGCAACAACAACAACAAGAGCACAGACAGAAGCAGCAGCAGAAGAAACAUAAACAACAACAUCGAUCUAAGGGUGAUAUCAUGUGUAUCGAUGUAGAUGAUGAGUCUUUCACCAUUCACGUAGACGAGACUGAAGAUCUCCGCAUGAAUAUCUCCACAGACCACGCCAAUGUGCUUGAUUCGGUCGUACCCGUCCCGGAGCGCGAUAUCACAAGCGCUCUCACACCCAUUGAUUCCACUGCGCCUACUAAAUCUCCCGCUGCGAGGGAACGAGGUAUUGCCGAAAGCAAUAGAACACCGAAGCAGCAACUGCGGACUGAACAAUCUCGCAGACAAAGUAUAAGUCCCCACAUAAGGAAGAGUAGACAUGUUCAUGAGGAAAAUCCUAGUAAGGGCUCACCUGACGAUCGUGCUACUGGUGCGCGAGAUGGAGCAGGGGUGCAUACUACUAGUGGGAGGGACUCGCACGGGACUACAAGAGCAAUGCUGAAGAACGGAAAGCGCACACAGGACAGCGACAGCCCCAAGGACAGCCUUGGGAGCACUACAGGUGUGAGCAGGCGGAAUGGUGGACUGUCAAUCGAUGACAUGUACGCGGACACUGGCAACCACAGAGACACAGCACUAGUGGGGGGAAAUGAACAGGGCCAGGGACUAAUCCAGAGCAAGGGAAAAGACCAGGCCACCCGCAUCUCCACCACGAGACAUUUCAACAAGCUGUGCAAACAAACCAGCGACAACAGCUCCAAUAGGAAGCCGUUUGAUAAUACAAAAGAUGGGCGAAAUCAACAGCAGCAUCUACGGCGCACCAAUUGCGACGAUGUAAUAGAACACUCACAAGACGCACGCGAGAUGGUGUACUCACAGGAGACACACCAAAUGGAGCCACGAAGGUGCAAGUCAUUCAAGACCAUGGGUGAAGCAUAUGUGGAUGAUGCAUCCAGGAACUUGCAGAACGCACACGUUGGUAACGGCGCAGAUAGAGAUUUUGGGCAUAUGAAUCUAGAAAGUGGGGAAACGCAUACAAAUUUAGGAAGAAGAGCUGCUUUAAACAGCGUGCGCGAAAUGGAGAGGGCAAACGAUGCCAGGGUGUACACACAGGGCACACACAGACACCGUGCAUCAGUGCACAUGAACGAUAGAGCAGCUGCGUCUGCAAACGGUCACGAUGGGAACACUCAUGGGAGAGAUGCACACACACGUGGCAAAGACGGGAGUACACAGAGAAGGAACAAAGCGACGGUGAAGAGUAGUGUAAACGCCAGCACGCCCACCGAUGUGAGGUCGCAAACAGGCAAUGGCGCAUCAUUCACCACCAAUAGCCGAUAUCAAUCGAUUGCGCACACAGUAGGCGGUAACAACAAAGGCACCGCUGACAGUACCAUUGUCAAGGGUACGACCGGCAAUGCAAAUGGGAAUAACAACACAAACAUGAGUACAAACACAUUCAAAACAGCGGCUAUGCUACAUCAAGCGAACAUAAAAAAUGGCACCACACGAGUACCUCAGGUCAGCAGCAACAACAACAUUACCAACAAUGGUGCCUCUGGCAAGCGCUCAUUAGGGGGCCGAAGAAACGGGAAUAAUAAGUUUGUGCCACCACUGCUACGAAAUGGCGGAGACAGUGAGGAUACAAUCAACACAGGCAGUGCAGAAGUGGAGAUGGAUGAGCGCCUUAAGGGCCUGGACCCCAAGAUUGUUGAGAUGAUUAUGAACGAGAUUAUGGACACUGGUCCCGGUAUUGACUGGAAUGACAUUGCGGGAUUGAAACACGCCAAGAAAACAAUCUUGGAAAUUGUAGUAUGGCCACUGCUCCGGCCGGACAUAUUCACUGGACUCAGGGGACCACCAAAGGGCAUCCUACUGUUUGGUCCUCCAGGCACAGGCAAGACUCUGAUUGGCAAGUGCAUUGCCUCGCAGUCCAAGGCGACGUUCUUCAGCAUCUCAGCGUCAUCGCUCACCUCCAAGUGGGUGGGCGAGGGUGAGAAGAUGGUGCGAGCACUGUUUGCUGUGGCUAGGAUUCACCAGCCGGCCGUCAUAUUUGUCGAUGAAAUCGACUCUCUGUUGUCGACUAGGAGCAGUACCGAACAUGAAUCGUCCCGGCGUAUCAAGACUGAAUUUCUGGUGCAAUUGGAUGGGGCAGCCACAAGUGCCGAUGAUCGCAUCCUAUUGGUCGGUGCGACAAAUUUGCCUCAGGAAAUCGAUGACGCUGCACGCAGGCGACUGGUGAAGAGAUUGUAUAUUCCAUUGCCUGAUAAAGAGGGUCGACAACAGCUGUUUGACAUCGUUCUUGCUUCGCAAGCCCAUAGUUUGACGCCUGAAGAGCUUGAAGCUCUGGUACAGAAAACCAAAGGGUACUCUGGAUCCGACAUAAGUAAUCUCUGCAAAGAAGCAGCCCUGGGACCAAUCCGCAACAUCGAGGACAUCUGCAACGUCUCCGCUGACCAGGUUCGUCCAAUGAGCUUCUGUGACUUCGAGGAGGCCCUAUUGCAGGUCAGAGCCAGUGUGUCGCAGAGCGAACUAGAAAUGUACGUGCAAUGGAACAACAAUUUCGGAUCACUUGCUGUGCAGCCCACGUGAAUGUACUUGAGAUGUAGGGUUAGAAGUAAAGUGAUAAAUAAAAAGCAUGAGAAAAAGCAUGCGAC